CUUUACCACAAACACACCUUCACAAGGCUUAGAAUGUCCAACGUAAGAGUGCAGCGUACAGCGUCUUUUACCUGCUGUAUUGCCCGGCAUGCAGAGACCGAGACAUUUUGUCCUCGAUUAGGGACUCUAUAUAUAGGUAUACAUGCCAUAUAAAUUUAUUCAGCCUUGCCAGCGCCUCACGUUCCCGGCUUUGGAGCUUUCCCGGAUAUGAACCUAUUCGGUUUCCUUUCCUAAGCCGUCAGCUGAAACAGGUUCAGUUUCAGUCAUGACAGCUUGUGACCUUCGUGUUACCUGGAUAGUUCUGUUGGCCCUCACAGCAAGCAUUAAUGCACAACAGUCAACUUCUACACAUGCAUCGAUUCCUUCAUACGACGAUCCUUCUGUUGCGUUGGUCACAUCUGGUUUGGAGUUAGCUAGCGCGUUGGCGAAUCCUUACAAGUCCUGGGCCAUCCUGAACUCCAGCUUUGGGACGGACGACUCAGAUUGGACUACUAACAUUACACGCACAAGCAAUUUCACAAUCAGUGGCCAACCAGGGUUAGCAACAUCGUACCCUGUGCUUGCGCUAAACUUUGUGAAAGCCAAGAUCCUGCUAGAUGGCCCCGUUGCGCUGGUGUUCCAGCACCUGGUGCUGCAGGGCUUCCGCUCCUUGCCGCUCACGCAGUCCCCGGGACUCGACCUCCUCAUCAACCCGCCCGCGGACGCGGGGGCGCUGGUGGUGGUGGCGGAGGCGCUGCUGGUGCUGCGCAUCUGCGUGCCGCACACCAUCAACCAGGAUCAGCUCCUGGUCAACAUCACCCGCCCCGCCGCCCUGCCCGGCAAGCAAACAGCGUCCAGCAACGUGUCCCAGGCCGGCUGCACCAACACCUCCCUGCUGCCCGCCGCCCAAGCCGCCCUGGUGCCGUACGUAUCCCGCUGCUGGCCGGACGCGGGCAUGUACGGCGACAUCGCGGUGGCCUGUUCCGACGUGGACAGCUUCGGACGCGCCACCGCCACGCACUACUCGCUGCAGCUGCUGCGCACGGAGUUUGUGUGCACGGAGGUGAUGACGGCGGAGUGCGUGGGGCGGUUGGGGCCGCUGGGGUGCUUCCUGUUCAUGUUCCCUCGCACGCCCCCCAGCCCCAUGCCAUCACCCUCGCCGCCGACGCCUCCUGCACUGCCUAACUCCCCCCCGGUGGCAGCAGCAGCUGCUGCUGGUGCUGCUGCUGGUGCUCUGGCGGCGGAAGCGGCGGGCAGGGGGCCAGCAGGAGAAGCAGCAGCAGGAGACGUGUGAGGGGGACGCAACGCCUGGCGGCGUCCCCGAAGCGGCAGCCUCCGGCGCCCAGCCCGCAGGCAAGCAACAGCCGCCGCAGCAGCAGCAGGGGUGCAGGGGGUCGUCAGCGUCCGGGUCAAGGGAGCGGCAGCUGCAGCGGCCGGGAGCAGCUGCGAGCACUCCUGCUCCUCCACCUCCGCCUGUCCACAUGGCGAUACCGGGGGCGCCGCGGGGUCGCAGGGCGCCGCGUCCAGCUGUCUGGUGCUGGCUGAGGUGGCGGAUGAGCCGGAGGCGGGCGGGAACCAGCUGCAGGUACAGGGGGUCCAGCAACAGCAGAGCCAUCAACAACAACAAACACAGCAGCCGGGCUCGUCUGGCACGGAGCAGCAACAGCAGCAGCGGCAGGGCGGCAACUCGGGCGGUCAAGUCCCCGCGGCGGCUCCAGCGAGGCUGCCCAGUGGUGUGGGCGCAUGCGUGCUUAGCGGCCCAGACCCGGACACCGCCAGUCCGCUGGUGGUGGUGACGCCCCUCACACCCCACCGCGCCGACCUGCGGCUGGACGUGCAGUGCGACCGGGAGGUGCAGCUGCUGCCGGUCGUACGAGGCAGCGGGUCGUACGGCAGGGUGGUUGAGGGACUGUACGACGGUCAACGCGUGGCGGUUAAGUUGGUUAUGGAUGUGGAAGAGUGGAGCGGGCCUACGGAGGCUCUCGUGAGCUCGUUUGCGCAGGAGGUGGAGGUGCUGGGUCGCUGCUGCCACCCCAACGUGGUGCGGCUGCUGGCCGCCUGCCUGACCCCCCCGCGGCUGUGCCUGGUGAUGGAGCUCAUGGACAGCAGCCUGGAGGCGCUGGUGCACGGCAGGGGGCGGGGGGCGGGGCUGCUGCCGCUGACAACGGUCCUUCACAUCGCCUCCGACAUUGCCCGCGGUCUAGCCUACCUGCACCCCACCAUCGUGCACCGCGACCUCAAGUCCGCCAACGUGCUGCUUUCCCACACCGACCGGGUGCGCCCGCUCGCCAAGCUAACGGACUUCGGGCUCAGCCGCCUGCGCAGCACGGUGCUGGUGACCAAGAACCCGGAGGCUGGCACGCCUGCCUACAUGGCUCCUGAGGCCUUCGACGCCAACAACUACAUCAUCACACACAAGGCCGACAUCUACGCGCUCGGGGUCAUCUUGUGGGAGAUGCUGACGGGCUCGAUCCCCUGGGAGGGAUGCAGCAUGGUUGCCAUCGCCUACUCCAUCACCGUACGGCACCAUCGGCUGCCGCUCAGCAAGCUCGACUCGCAGCGCUGCCCGCCCAAGCUGCGCAAGCUCAUCCACGCGUGCUGGGACCCCGACCCGCAGCGGCGACCCGCGGCAGCCGAGCUCGUGAAGCAGCUUACACUGGUGCUGCAGAUGGUGCAAGGCGAAUCCGCGAAUGGCAGUAACUCCGGGGCGAUGACGCCUGGGAGCAGCAGCGGCGGCCAGGCUGUGCAGGCCCCGGCACCCGCAGCAGCAGCAGCCGUUGUUGCCCCCAACACUGCCGCCCCGCACGCUGCCGCCCCCGCUGUCAUCGACGCAUUAGCUGCGCAGCAGCAGCAGCACUGUGUUGCUGUAGCACCGUCACCGCCGCCGCCGCAGCAGCAGCCGCCGACGCUGGCCGGUAAUUAACGAAUUAGCGGAGCUUGCAAGGGAAGGGGCACCGGAGUAAAGCGGAUAUGGGACCGGAUGGAUAAGACGGGAGUCUGUUUGCCAUGUCCGAGAGGCCUGCUGCUCUUGCAGUCGGAUAGCAGCUGAAGGACUGCGAUGCCAGCAGCAGCAGUUACAUGAUAAGAUGUGUGACUAAAGGGACAUGAAAGGGAUCAUGAGCGCUGAGAGUUAGGGUUCUGAGACUUGCCACGUGGACGAUGUGAGCGCAAUCGGUUAGAUGCCGGUAACGGCGCAUGUGACGCCCUGGUUGCGGAGAGCGCUGGCUGUGAUGCACGCCGGCGGUCGGAGAGGAGAGAGAUGGCGGUCUAGGGUCUAUGCGCUAGAUACCAAAGGACUAGUAGUGCGAAGCCACGAGAAUGUGCUAUGACGUGCAUGAGGGCAAUGCGACUUCUGAUUCGAAUGCAUAUCGUGAUGGUUGGAAUAUGGAAAGGGAGUUUGGGUUUCCAGAGUACCGUAGCAGCAGGCAAAGGGGGUUACUCCCCGCUUGAGUGAGCCUUGAGGGCCGUGUGACUGAACCUUCCUUACGUAACCGUCAGUGAUAACCUUGGUAUGAGUAACGCAAUCGAGCAGGAAGGAGUGAUGCGUGUCUGUAGUGCCGCUCCUGAUAUGCUGAUUAACGUGUCCAGCUGCGUGUGAUAAGCUUCAUUCCCAGCUUAAUACUUCGUCUUCCGCUUGCUCUUGGCAAGUCCGUUGGGAUCGUUGGGCUUGGGUGGUUGCUGGCGUGUCGGUGCCUUGUGUCGUUGGGCUUGAUAGACCUCGCAAGAUUGAUUCACUUGACACAUGAACUCUUAGCACCUCCCUUGGUACCCCUAGCGGGGUUUGUAGGAGUGUUUGUUACCUGGUCCUGACUAUUUUUGUUGUUAUGGGUACACUUACUGUGUCUUAUGUUUUUGGUGGACGGUAUGGUUGCUUUAGCGGUGAAGCUGAUCCCAGUGACCAAGAACCCCAACACGUGAGCGUGAAUGCAUGAUAACAUGAAGCUUGAAAUGGUAGCAUCGCAAUGGGUCGAGUUUAUGUUGAAGC